AUGUCAUCUUCCAGCGUGUCCUCAUCGGCCAAUAGGCCCGAACAAAAGGAGGAGUUGGACCCGAUCGUGCGCAACGCGUUGCGAUACACCAUCAGUCCGCGAGAAUAUCAGCUUCUGCACCAAUACCUCCUUUCCCGCGCCCCUGCUGUCCGCAAACGCACGCUGCCGCCCAAGAGAUACGACGCAAUCGCAAAUGGAGGUGACGAUUACAAUGCUGCAGCGAUUCGGGCAAGUCUCAGGCUUGCGGUGGCGGCUUUCUCAGGCCUCAAGGCUUGGGAUCUCGUAAAGACCAAGUUGCUGGCCCGAGAUGCACCAAAGAGACCACAGCGCCCAAUUCCUGUGUACAAAUCCCCGAACGUCCGCUUGACCUGCUCGCUGUCCCUCAUACUGCUGUUCCACCGCCUUCUACGCCGCUUCUUCAGCCGCCUCCGCGAGAGCCUCCUCACGCAGGAAGCGAAGCCGUUCCGACGGCGAAACCCUCGCAUAUCACGCUCGUUGACCUCUCGGCUUGCACCCGCCAUCGGUUCCAGCCUAGCGGGCUUCUUUCUCGCAGUGUAUCCUGGCGACCAAUUGCGGAUAACCAUCGCCAUUUACAUCUUCACCAGGGCGUUGGAGUUCAGCUACAACUAUAUCGAAGAGCUGGGCUAUUUCCGCAACAGGCCCCCAUGGUUUGGCUCAUGGAUGCUCAUGCCCGUAGCUUGUGGACAAUUGCUGCACGCAUUCGUCUUUGACCGCGACUGCUUCCCUGCGGCCUACGGCAAGUUCAUCCUGGACAAUUCCCCGGAGUAUAUCCAAGCAAGACCUGGAGGAUACCCCAAACAUCUCAAAUGGCCGAGUACCUUCGACAUCGUCGAUAACCUAGCGCAAAUUUCCAAAGAAGGAUGGCCUUCCUUCACUUCGCCCAUUAUGUUUCCUAAUUCAGAGACCUUACCGAGGAGCCUUACAGCCAUAGCACCAAUCACAUCCCCGGCCCAUCCAGCCAUCAAACAUUUAUCAUGCGCGCUCCUGCACCCAAAUGAUCCAUCUUGUUUACGCACGUACGUUUCCUACUGGAUCCAAGCCUUCCCCAAGGUCGCCCGCCUUUUCUCCAUGAUUUUCACAGCCCUCAGCCUGCCUCGCUACAAAAGCUUCCUCAACUCUCCCAUCUCCACCCUAAACAAAUUAGCAAAGAACGUCCUGCGUAUGUCCAUCUUCAUCUGCGGUGCCAUCGGCACGAGCUGGGGCUCCAUCUGUCUCCUCCAGAAUAUAUUCCCGAGGAAUUUCCUCCCCACUCAGCGAUGGUUUAUAGGAGGUUUUCUGGGCGGAAUGUGGGCGUUCUUGGAGCGGAAGAACGGUAGGGGUAACUUUUUGUACUCGGCACGCAUGUCGAUUGAUUCGCUAUGGAAGGUUGGUGUGAAGAGGGGAUGGUGGCGCGGAAUCAAGAACGGGGAUGUCUUAUUAUUUGUGGUGAGUCUCGCAACGGUCAAUGUGCUGUAUGAGGUUGCGCCCACAUCGGUAAGCAGUGGGGUGGCUAGAAAGGGGCUGGGUGUGUUAAGGGGUGAAGGGUGGAUUGAUAGGGCGACGCUCCCAAGGGUAGGCCAGGCGAAUGAUGGGGAAGAAGGAUAG